GACCUGAAGAGCUUCUCCGGCACCAGAGCCAUCGCUGAUAUUGCCUUGAGAGGUACAGAACGAGUCACAACUUCACCUGCGACACUCCACCAAAGCCCCGUGGAGAACUUCUGACACCCAAAAUGUCUGGAAAUCGAAAUAUAAGUUACCCUGGACAUGACGACAAUGAUGAAGAAUCUGACAUACUUUAUACCAAACAGCUGUGGAGAGGCAAAAAACACAGUGUAGAUCUAAAAAUUUCAAGUGAUGUAAAUAAGAAAUUGUUAAAAAAGGAAACUUGGAAAAUCAAAGGGAAUACUACCAAGAAGCCAAAUGUGAAAGCCACAUCAGCUCAUGUUGAUAUAGUCGAUACCAUAAACAUAAUUGAUACGUAUGACAGACCACCACAUGCCCAUGCAAAAAAGAUAUAUGCUCAAGCUGGAAAAUACGCGCACGGUCUUGAAGACAAACCAGGAAAGAGGAUUCCCAAGGCUGGAGUCUAUGCAGCAGCAGGAGUUGGAAGAGCUUGUGCUGAAUACAGUGUAUUUGAGGCUGAAGCCAAAGGCCCAAACGCCUCAGCUGGUGCUGAAGUCAGUGUGGUUGGAGUCGGAGCAAUGGCUCGAGCUGAAAUCGCCAGUGCAUCAGCUAAAGCCGGUCCAGUUGGUGUAAAAUUGGGACUUGGAGUUGACACGGGUGCAUCUGCUGGUCUGGGUGGGGUGGAAGCAAAAUUUCUGGGAACUGGAUUCUCAGUAGGUCCAAAAACCAGUGUAUCUCUUGUGGGUUCUGAAGUGUCAUGUUCAGUCAUGUAA